AUGGAGAGAGAACUGAAAGACAAAAUUGUCGUAAUAACAGGGGGAGCAUGCGGAAUUGGUUUUAGUAUUGCUGAAAAAUACUUACAAAACCAAGUAGCAGCAGUAAUAAUUUUAGAUACACAACAAGAAAAAGGAGAAAAAUCAACUAAUAUAUUAAAUGAAAAAUACGGAGACAAAGCUAUAUUCAAGAAAUGUGACGUCACUACAGAUUUAGACCUGAUUUAUUGUGAGAUAAUCGACGCAUAUAAAUACGUAGAUAUUUUGAUAAACAAUGCUGGAAUUUCUGAAAGAGACAACCCUAGAUUAACAAUGAAUGUCAACGCUUUAGCACCGAUCGAAUGGACCCUAAAAUUCAGGAAACACAUGAGCAAAGAGAAUGGAGGAAAAGGCGGAACUAUUCUGAACAUGGGAUCUCUUUUUGGUAUUCGUUCCUCAUACUUCGGACCUGUAUAUCAAGCUUCGAAACAUGCCCUCAAUGGUUUUACAAAAGCUAUUGGCCAUCAGUUCAAUUUUGAUAACAGCGGUGUGAGAGUAAUUGCUCUGUGUCCAGGUUUUACAACAACGUCUUUAGUUAAAAAAUAUUUAGAUGAAGAUGCUGAGAAGAAUAUCCCUAGUCAUAUUUUAGAGUUCGUUAGGAGCAUGAAGUUUCAGAGUGUGGAUGCCGUCAGUAACGCUGCCGUAGAUAUUUUCGUCAAAGCCGAAACUGGAACUAUUUGGGUUAUUGAAAAUAACGUUUUAUUACAACACGAAUACGAAAUGUGAUUAAAUGAUUUUUG